AAUAAAAUAAUAAUUAACUGUCUGAUCUAGUUGACAGUUUUCGGAUAAAUUAGAAAAGGCGGGACCCACCUUAAUCGGAAGAUAUCAACGGCUGGAUCUGCCUACUCUGAUCAACGUCAGCGAAAAAAAUGGCACUCUCGUUGCAAUCUCCGCCUUGUGCAACUCUCUCUGCUUCAAUCCAAAAGGGACGAUUGAAGACGCUCGCCGCCGGAUUCUCCGUUACUCCUCUUCCCGCCGUUAACUUCAGUCUCCGUCGAUCGAUUCCUCGGAUUCUUGCUUCCGCUAGUUCAUCUUCCUCUCCAUCGUCUUCGUCUCUCGAAGCUGGUGAGAACAAUGAGCUAAAUGCUGUUUCAGCUUUUAGUGAGAUUGUUCCUGAUACUGUCGUUUUCGAUGACUUUGAGAGGUUCCCGCCGACUGCAGCUACUGUUAGCUCUGCUCUUCUUCUGGGCAUCUGUGGUCUACCCGAUACCAUUUUCCGCAAUGCUGUGGACAUGGCUUUGGCGGAUUCUUCUUGUGCAGGUCUUGAAACCACCGAAUCUCGACUCUCUUGCUUUUUCAAUAAGGCUAUUGUCAACGUAGGUGGCGAUCUUGUCAAACUCGUUCCAGGUCGAGUUUCAACUGAAGUGGAUGCACGUCUUGCUUAUGACACAAACGGCAUUAUCCGCAAGGUUCAUGAUCUGCUGAGACUAUACAAUGAAAUCGAUGUACCACACGAGCGGCUCCUAUUCAAAAUCCCUGCAACUUGGCAAGGUAUUGAAGCUGCAAGAUUGUUGGAAUCUGAGGGAAUCCAAACGCAUAUCACCUUCGUUUACAGCUUUGCUCAAGCUGCAGCAGCUGCUCAAGCCGGUGCUUCUGUUAUUCAGAUUUUCGUCGGUCGCCUCAGGGAUUGGGCGCGUAAUCAUUCGGGAGAUACCGAGAUUGAAUCUGCUAUUAAAUCGGGAGAAGAUCCCGGUUUGGCCUUGGUCAAAAGAUCAUAUAACUACAUUCACAAGUAUGGUUACAAGUCCAAGCUGAUGGCUGCUGCAGUUCGGAACAAACAAGACUUGUUCAGUCUUCUCGGGGUCGAUUAUGUCAUUGCACCAUUGAAGGUACUGCAAUCUCUCAAAGACUCACCCGCCAUUCCCGACGAUGAAAAAUACUCAUUCGUUCGGAAACUUACUCCUGAAACCGCAACACAUUACCACUUCACAAACAAAGAGCUGAUCAAAUGGGACCAGCUAAGCUUGGCUUCAGCUAUGGGUCCUGCAUCAGUGGAGCUUUUAUCAGCUGGUGUCGAAGGUUAUGCGAACCAAGCGAAACGCGUUGAAGAGCUUUUCGGAAAGAUUUGGCCACCUCCUAAUGUCUAAAACGAAGCUUUUCUCUUCAUCACGAAAGAUCUGUAUCAAUAAGAGAACUAAAUGUCCAUGUUACUU